AUGGGCGCCGGCGGCACCACAAAGGCCACCGUCGUCGUCGGGGUCGGCGGCGCAGCCGUGAACGCCGAGGUCGACGACGCCGUGAUGCCCACAAAGGCCGACGGCGGAAGCGGAAAGCUGCGCCGCACUCUGAGGUCACCAGAUGUCGAUUCCGAGGAGGAGGAGGAGUCCAAGGAGUCCCAGGAGGCUAACCCAGCGGUGAAGUUCUGCGGGGUUCUGCGGAGCACAGAAGAUUGA